AUGUCUCAUCCGCCCCAUACGGUUAGGUCUCAUCCAAGCGAUGGCGAAAGCGCUGGCUCCCUCGAUCAGUUCCUCGACCUGUACGCCAAGACUCAGAGACAACGUAACACCAUUCAAUAUGUGAGCACGCAAAGGACUGCGGAAAUGGCAAAGUGCUUGGAUCGACUCAGAUUCAUUCAGGAGACGAUGGCGGAGAUAGCGCAGGCUGUAGCCACUCAGGGAAAGGAGCGGAGUUCGGACGAUAUUGGCGUGGAGUCCUUCAAGAAACAGCUGGAUAAGGACAUGUCGGCGAUGCAAAAGCAAUCGAAGGUUGUAAUGGACAUCGAUAAAGAGGUAGGGAAGUUGCAGUUCGAGCUCACGACCCUCGACAGCCAUUAG